AUGAUGAUUGAAGAAGAAACACAGAAUCAUGAGACAGAGAGCAAGAAAAGAGAAGAAGAAUUUAAAGAGAGAGAAGAAAGAUAUAAAAGAGAAAUAAAAGAGAAAGAUGAGCAAGAGAGACAGAUGAGAGAUGAGAUGAGAAGAGAACAAGACACAUUUAAAAGUGAAAUAGAGGAACUGAAGAAAGAAAAUAAAGAUCUCCAGAUCAAAUAUGACACACAAACAGACAAACUGAUGAAUACAAUAGAGAAUCAUGAGAGGGGGAAAAAGACAAUGGAAGAAGAGUUUAGAGGGAUAGAAGAGAGAUAUCAAAGAAAAAUAAAUGAGAAAGAGGAAUGUGAGAAAAAGAUACGCGAGGAAAUGAAAAAAGAACGUGAGGAUUGGGAGAAACAAAGACAGGAGGAAAAGCGGGAACGAGAAGUUGAUGAUGAGAACAAAAGAAAAAAAGAACAGAAAAUUUGGGAUGAAUGUAACCAGCGACUUGAACAAGAGAGACAGAGACAUGAAGAAGAGAGAGAGAGAACGAAGAUGAUCAUGGAAGAGAAAACACAGAGUAAUGAGAGAGAGCGAAAGAUUAGAGAAGAGGAAUUUAGAGAGAGAGAAGAGAGAUAUAAAAGAGAAAUAAAAGAGAAAGAUGAGCAAGAGAGACAGAUGAGAGAUGAGAUGAGAAGAGAACAAGACGCAUUUAAAAGUGAAAUAGAGGAACUGAAGAAAGAAAAUAAAGAUCUCCAGAUCAAAUAUGACACACAAACAGACAAACUGAUGAAUACAAUAGAGAAUGAACGACUCAAUCAUGAGAGAGAGAGAAAGAGAAGAGAAGAAGAGUACAAAAUAGAGGUGACAAGAGAACGAGAGGAAUGGGAGAAACAUAAACAGGAGGAGAAACAGAGAAGGGAAGAAGACGAGAAAGAAAAACUGAGUUGUGUGGAACAGUGUGAGAGACUCAAGAGUGAAAUUGAGAAAAUAAUGAGAGAAAAAGAGAAAACAGAAGAAGAACUGGAGAAGUUUGAGAGGAUAGUUCAAGAGGAGAGAAACAUGAGGGAAGUGCAACAGAAAAACUUUGAAGAUGAACUAAAAAGAAGAACUGCAGAGUUGAAAGAGGAAUAUGAAAGAGAGAAAGAAGCUAUAGAGAAAGUCUGCUCUCAGUUACAUGCUGCAGUAAAGGAACUCUGUGCGGUCAUACCCCGUGAGGUGGCGUCUCUUCGCGAUGCCAAGAUGGCAAGCCAUCUCCUUCCCACAGGCAUCAACGCGCUCCGCCGCUUCACUCCGGAGUGGCUGGCGGAGAUGGAGAGGAUCAUCCAGGAGAAGAACAGCAGGGAGGAAGUAGAGGAGGCCGAGGAGACGCUACAGGCACCCAGCAGUGACCUAGAGGCUGGGAAGAACCUGCCCAUGAUCUAUGGCGACCCACCAGACGACCUCCUCAACACCCCUUUGGAGGACAUAGACCCUUUCUACAAAGCAAAGAAAACAUUUAUUGUCAUAAGCAAGGGAAACACAAUCUACAGGUUCACUGCUGAACCGGCGCUGUAUUUUAUCAGUCCGUUUAGUGUCGUCAGAAGAGGAGCCAUCAAGAUUCUCAUACAUUCAUAUUUCAGUAUGUUGAUCAUGGUCACCAUCCUGUCCAACUGUGUGUUCAUGACCAUGAGUAAUCCUCCAGCCUGGAGUAAAACGGUGGAAUAUGUCUUUACUGGUAUAUACACCUUUGAAGCAACGGUCAAAGUUUUGUCCCGAGGCUUUUGCAUCGGACCUUUUACAUUCCUCCGUGACCCGUGGAACUGGCUGGAUUUCAUGGUCAUCAGCAUGGCGUACAUCACAGAGUUUGUAGAUCUUGGCAAUUUGUCAGCACUGAGGACGUUCCGUGUGCUCCGAGCUCUCAAAACCAUCACCGUUAUUCCUGGUUUGAAAACCAUUGUCGGGGCUCUGAUCCAGUCGGUCAAGAAGAUGGUGAAUGUGAUGAUUCUGACCGUCUUUGCGCUGGCUGUUUUCGCUCUCAUUGGCCUGCAGCUGUUCAUGGGAAAUCUGCGUCAUAAGUGCAUUCGCUGGCCCAUCCCAAACGGCACCAGCAUCUUUGAUGACUACAAUUUUACCCUGAUCAAUGACACCACCCUGAUCAAUGACACCACCCUGAACGGCACUGACACUUUUGAUUUCAAAGCCUACAUAGAAAAUGAAGAAAACCAAUACUUUCUCGAUGGCAGUUUAGACGCUUUAUUGUGCGGUAACAGCUCUGAUGCGGGGAGGUGUCCAGAAGAAUACACAUGUAUGAAGGCCGGCCGGAACCCAAACUACGGUUACACCAGCUACGACAACUUCGGCUGGGCCUUUCUUGCACUCUUCAGACUCAUGACUCAAGAUUACUGGGAGAAUCUCUUCCAGCUGACCCUUCGGGCUGCUGGGAAGACCUACAUGAUCUUCUUUGUGGUGGUCAUCUUCUUGGGCUCGUUCUACCUCAUCAAUCUGAUCUUGGCCGUGGUUGCCAUGGCGUACGAUGAGCAGAAUGAGGCCACCUUGACCGAGGCCCGUGAAAAAGAAGAGGAGUUUCAGAGAUUGCUAGAGCAGCUCAGGAACCAAGAGCAAGAGACAGGCAGUAAAGCAUCUUUGGCCAGCCGGACAACAGGUCUCGGGUCGAACAGAACAUGUUCCUUACACAGUCUCGGAGGUGAUGAUGUCAUCAAGGACUGUAAUGGCAGAAUAAUGCCUCGUCUCAUUGUCAGCAGCGUUCACUCUGACAGAGAGUUCUUAGCUGAAGAGGACCACAAGUCUAUGAGCUCCAAACACAGCAUGCAGUAUCUGGACCAGCCCAAACUCUCCAAGAGAGCAGCCAGUGCCGUCAGCGUACUCACUGCCACCAUGGAGGAGUUGGAGGAGGCUCAGAGGCCUUGUCCACCCGGCUGGUAUAAGUUUGCCGACAUUUUCCUUAAAUGGGACUGCUGCGCUCCCUGGAUCGUCUUUAAGAAGUGGGUCCAUUUUGUAGUGAUGGACCCAUUUGUCGAUCUAGGUAUCACCAUCUGCAUUGUGCUCAACACACUUUUCAUGGCCAUGGAGCACUACCCCAUGAGUUCGGAUUUCGAACAUGUUCUUUCAGUGGGCAACUUGGUAUUUACAGGAAUCUUCACAGCAGAAAUGGUCUUCAAGCUUAUUGCCAUGGACCCUUACUACUAUUUCCAGGUGGGCUGGAACAUUUUUGACAGCAUCAUUGUCACCCUCAGCCUGGUAGAGUUGGGACUGGCCAAUGUCCAGGGGCUGUCUGUUCUGCGGUCCUUUCGUUUGCUGCGUGUCUUCAAGCUGGCUAAAUCGUGGCCCACCCUUAACAUGCUGAUCAAGAUCAUUGGUAACUCAGUGGGUGCUCUGGGGAACCUGACCCUUGUCCUGGCCAUCGUCGUCUUCAUUUUUGCGGUGGUGGGCAUGCAGCUCUUUGGCAAGAGCUACAAGGAAUGCGUGUGUAAGAUCUCGCAGGACUGCAUAUUGCCCCGCUGGCACAUGAAUGACUUUUUUCACUCGUUCCUCAUCGUCUUUCGUAUCCUGUGCGGAGAGUGGAUCGAGACUAUGUGGGACUGCAUGGAGGUUGCUGGUGCCGGGAUGUGUUUGGUGGUCUUCAUGAUGGUCAUGGUCAUUGGUAACCUGGUGGUGCUGAAUCUGUUCCUGGCCCUGCUGCUCAGCUCCUUCAGUGGAGAUAACCUGUCUGCAGGUGAUGAGGACGGCGAGAUGAACAACCUCCAGAUCGCCAUCGGCCGCAUCACCAGGGCCAUAGACUGGCUCAAAGCCUUCAUUGCCAGUAUGGUGCUGCGGAUGGUUGGGAAAAAACCUCCUGAUGUCAAAAAAGAGGCCGGGGAGACAGACACAGAACUGUACGCAUUAAAUCACCUGCAGAAGGAAACAGUGGCCGACGGUUUGACCAACUGUGUACAGCCUUCGGUCGUCAGUGUGCCGAUAGCUCGCUGCGAGUCUGAUGUUGAGGAGGAGGAUUCAGAUGAAUCUUCUGAUGAAGAUGAGGGAAAGGUAGCUCUUCAUGAUGACGAUUCCUCAGUGUGCAGCACAGUGGACUACAGGCCUCCAGAACCCAAACCAGAACCCGAGGAGGAGGAGGAACCAGAACCUGAAGAUCCAGAGCCCUGUUUCACUGAAGGUUGUGUUAGACGAUGUCCUUGUUUGAACGUGGACAUCACAGAGGGUUGGGGGAAGAGGUGGUGGAACCUUCGGAGAACGUGCUUCACCAUCGUUGAGCACGACUACUUUGAGACCUUCAUCAUCUUCAUGAUCCUCCUCAGUAGUGGAGCACUGGCAUUUGAAGACAUCAACAUUGAGCGUCGUCGAGUCAUCAAGAUCAUCCUGGAGUAUGCUGAUAAAGUCUUCACGUACAUCUUCAUAGUGGAGAUGUUACUGAAGUGGGUGGCGUAUGGUUUUAAGACCUACUUCACCAAUGCGUGGUGCUGGCUAGACUUCCUUAUUGUAGAUGUGUCGAUUGUGAGCUUAACUGCCAAUUUAUUGGGUUAUUCCGAACUGGGACCUAUCAAAUCGCUCCGAACGCUCAGGGCCCUUCGGCCUCUUCGAGCCCUGUCAAGAUUCGAGGGAAUGAGGGUGGUGGUGAACGCGCUGGUUGGUGCCAUCCCCUCCAUCUUUAACGUUCUUCUGGUGUGUCUGAUAUUCUGGCUGAUCUUCAGCAUCAUGGGAGUCAAUCUGUUUGCUGGGAAGUUCUACCACUGCAUCAACAGCACCACGGAGGAACGGCUGCCCAUGGAUGUGGUCAACAACAAAAGUGACUGCAUGGCGCUGAUGGAAACCGACGAGGUGCGCUGGGUCAAUGUGAAGGUCAACUAUGACAACGUGGGACUCGGCUACCUCUCUCUACUGCAAAUCGCCACAUUUAAAGGCUGGAUGGACAUCAUGUAUGCUGCAGUGGACUCUAGAGAGGUGGCGGAACAGCCGUCCUACGAGGUCAACCUCUACAUGUACCUGUAUUUUGUGAUUUUCAUCAUUUUUGGCUCGUUUUUCACACUCAACCUCUUCAUCGGCGUCAUCAUCGACAACUUCAAUCAGCAGAAGUCCAAGUUUGGAGGGAAGGACAUCUUCAUGACAGAGGAGCAGAAGAAAUACUACAAUGCCAUGAAGAAGCUGGGAUCCAAAAAACCUGUCAAACCCAUCCCUCGGCCCACUAAUAAGAUCCAGGGCCUGGUGUUCGACCUGAUAUCACAGCAGUUCUUUGACAUCUUCAUUAUGGUCCUCAUCUGUCUCAAUAUGGUGACCAUGAUGGUGGAGACAGAUGACCAGAGUCCAGAGAAAGAGGAGAUCCUCUACCAGAUCAACCUGGUCUUCAUCAUUGUCUUCUCAGGGGAAUGUGUGCUCAAGUUAUUUGCGCUCAGACAGUACUUUUUUACCAUUGGCUGGAACGUCUUUGAUUUCGUCGUGGUCAUUCUAUCUAUUGCAGGUCUAAUGUUAGCAGACAUCAUCGAGAAGUACUUUGUGUCUCCCACCCUGUUCCGCGUCAUCCGACUCGCUCGGAUCGGCCGCGUGCUGCGUCUCAUCAGAGGAGCGAAAGGCAUUAGGACUCUGUUGUUUGCCUUGAUGAUGUCACUUCCUGCCCUCUUCAACAUCGGACUGCUUCUAUUCCUCAUCAUGUUCAUCUUCUCCAUCUUCGGGAUGUCUAACUUCGCCUAUGUGAAAAAGCAGGCGGGCAUCGACGACAUCUUCAACUUCGAAACUUUUGGCGGCAGCAUCAUCUGUUUGUUUGAGAUCACGACCUCAGCGGGCUGGGAUGGCCUUCUGCUGCCCAUCCUGAACAGCGGCCCUCCGGACUGCGACCCUGACAUAGAGAACCCUGGGACCGGCUUCAGGGGCAACUGCGGCAAUCCCGCCAUGGGCAUCAUGUUUUUCUGCAGUUACAUCAUCAUGACCUUCCUGGUAGUGGUCAACAUGUACAUCGCUAUUAUUCUGGAGAACUUUAACGUCGCUCAGGAGGAGAGCGGAGACCCGCUGUGUGAGGAGGACUUUGAGAUGUUCGACGAGACGUGGAAGAAAUUUGACGUCGAAGGGACGCUGCUUAUUGAAUAUGACCACUUAUUUGACUUUGUCGACGUAUUGCAGGAUCCACUGCGCGUGGCCAAACCCAACCGCUUCAGACUGAUCGCCAUGGAUCUGCCCGUCGUAAUGGGCGACAAAAUCCACUGUCUGGAUAUACUUUUAGCAGUAACUCGAGAGGUUCUGGGUGAUUCCAUUGAGAUGGUUGCCAUGGAAAAGAGCAUUGAAGCAAAGUUCCUUACGAGCAAACCUUCUUUCGCGCCCAUCGUCACCACCGUCAGGAGGAAAGAGGAGGAGCAGGCGGCUGUCGUCAUUCAGCGAACGUACCGCAGACAUCUGCUUAAACGUGCUGUCCGUCAUGCCUGCUUCAUGCGGCGUUCCAAGAGCAAAGUUAGGAGUCAGGAGGACCAGGGCCUGGUCGCGAGGAAAAUGGACGCCUUCUAUGGCAGCAACCCGGAACUCGCCAUGGCCCUUGAGCUGCAGAUAAGACCAAUGCCAGCUAACGCACAGCCACCCGAACCCACGGCGGUCGCACAGCACAGAGCCUCAGUGACUUACCCUCGACCGCAGGGACAGCUCAUAGUGCCGGUGGAGCUCACAGGCGAGGUGAUCCUCCGCUCCGCGCCCAGCCCGGUGCAUGACCUCUCCAGUUCAGAGAAGGCAACCAUCAAAGAGUCAGUGGUGUAAGCGGUGGACCGAGGACUGUGAUAAUCCACCUGAACCCAGACUAACAGGACAGCACUGGAAUGCUAGAUUUUGGGAGUACUUUUUUAUUAUUGAAACUUUAAAGUCGGGACUUUUCUUCUUAAUUGUUCCUAAUUAGAAAAAUUUGGAAGAAUCCCUGUGACUUCAGUCAAGUUCUUCUGCUCUUGUAAGUUGUGUACGCUGUUGUGUACGCUUUUUCAUAAUAAAAACGGUCUGUUUUUGUGGGAAUUUGUAACUAUUUUACGAGGUGGCUUUUUUGAAUGAUUUUGUAUUUAGUGAAUUAUACAAAACAUACAAUUGUUAGAAAAAAGUCAGCAGUCAUUGGCACGAAAGCAGAUUGUGCAAGAACUUGUAAAUUAGAUCAAAUUCAUAUGAAUAAACAGUGUUGGGUGUAACUAGUUACUAAGUAAUUAGUUACUGUAAUUUAAUUACGUUCCCAUUUAAAAAGUAAAGUAAGGGAUUACUAAUUUAAUUACAGUUACUAUGAUGUAAUAUACAGUACGUGUGUGCAAUAGUGGAAUUGACAUCAAAAUUCAAAGUCUAACUUUAAAAGUCUGUGCUUUAAUGUAUAAUUCUCACAUUUGUAAUGCUUUGGUCAGUUAAUAAUAAUACUACUUUAUGUAGUUUAAUAUGAUAGUUUUAUAUGAUUUAUUUGAAUGAAUUAAAAGAGCCGUUUCAUGUCUAUCCUUGAAUCGCUUAACUAAUCAAGGUUGAUAUAGGAUAUAGAAAGUAAGUAGUAAUUAGGUAAUUAAAUACUUUUUGGAGAGAGUAAUUUGUACAGUAAUCUAAUUACACUAUUGAAUAUGUAAUUAGUAACUAGUAAUUAAUUACUUUUUCAGAGUAACUUGUCCAACAUUGUGAAUAAAUAGUAACAAAUUGCCAUGAGAUUGUGUUGUGAGUGUAGACGAAUGAAAUGCGGGAUACAGGGUCUUAAACUCCAGUCACACUUAAAGAUUGUAAUUUGUAGUUUUUGGGAAAGACACCAUUGAACACAUUGAACAGACCCUCGCAAUCUUGUUUUCAUUCAUGUGACAUUGAAACAUGCUUUCUGCAACUUGUCUGUUUAGCUUCCUAUGACUCAACUGUAUCUAGUAAUGCUCAAAUAAUUUUACAGUUAACAGCGUCCUUACACAUUUAACAAGUCCUGGCUGUCCUCUGUACUAUACAUAAUAUCAGUUCACAUCGUAACAGAAAGUUGGAGACCGUAAAUGAGAUCCGCUGUGGUCAUGCAGAGCACAUUUCCUCACUGAUUUGACUCUUUCUGCUCUGACUAAACGUCUCCUGAGGACACGUUCAUGUCAAUGCAUAGAAACACUUCCUCUUAAUGCCCCGCUAGUCACAACUGAAUAUUCAACCUGAUCGCUCUGAAAAUUCAUACAACGUGAAUGUACAAUUAUUAGAAAAAAACAGCAUGAAGGUCCUUAAAAUGAGCCAUUACUGGGGUGAGAGCAGAUCGUAUGAAAAUGCACAAAUGAGAUUGGGUUAAUCUAUAAUUUGCUAAAAUGUAAAAUAGUUACAAAUUGUCAUGAGAUUGUGUUUGGAUUUCUCCUGUGAUCAUUCAAUUGAUAUGCUGGAGUGUUCAUCAUGCCUGCAAAUCAUUGCAAUUAAUUUGGUUUUUCAAAAAUAUUUCAUCCGGCUAAUUAUUGGUAAACUUAAAUUACAUUUUGGGGUUAAACCACUUGUCAAUAUAGAGGACUUGUAAGCGGCACCAUUUUGUCACACUCCACUGAUGAAUAUAUAUUGUGUAAAAGUUGCCACAGCAAGUGUUACAUUAGAUUUUUAUUUUCUAUGCAAAUUUAUGGAUAAUGUUUGUGGGAACUGCUGUAUGUUUAAUUCUCGUUUGUUCAAACGGUUCAAACAGAGCCAUGAAAUAGUUGUUUAAAGAGCCCCACAUUUUUCAUCUGAAUCUCCUGUAUGUUUCGUUUAUCAUCAGCACAUGCAGUGUUUACACCUUUGUAUUCCUUACACCUGAUAUAUUCAUGUAAAAACGCCAUUUCAAGACAUUUUCAUGUUAUUUAUACCCUAGAUUUGACAUCAAUUUGUUAGUAAUAUAUGGCAGUUGUAUUUGUUGUUGUAUGUUUUAGGGAAAUUCAUAAUUAUUUUUGAGCUGUAAAAGUUCUCAUGUCUUAAUGUGAUUGCAAAUGUCUUAUUUCUAAAAAUAUGGCAUUUCUAAAUAAAGCACUUUUAGGUUUUAUAUUUCACCUCUUGUAUAGUUUUUAGAUCUGGUCAUAUGUUUUGCUUUCACAUUAAUGUUGAUUUUCUCCAAUGUUUACAUUUGAUAAUAUUAUGUGUGCUGGUUUCUUUACUGCUCAUAUGUACAUUUUGCUGUAUGAUAGAUGCAUCGGAGUUUCACCACUGAAACGACAUUUAAUUCAAUGUGCAUUUUAAAUGUUAAUAGAAUAAAUUUG